AUGUCCAAACGCCACAUCCAGGACUUCUCCCAGGACUCCCAGCUCGAGUACCACUGGGGGUAUGCCUCGCGGCAGGUCCCCUGCGUCAACGAUGUCGGCGCCUGCGAGUACCUCGACGCCGUCUACCACGAGCACGACCUGGGCAUGCUGUAUACCUUCAUCCUCUGGGCCGUCAUCUGCGGCCUUCUCUUCCUCUUCCUCCUCGGACGGACCCUCUUCCCUUUGACCCGAUCCUCAACGCCCUCAACAACCACCGACACCAAAGAACUCUUCGAGAAACCACGACCCCAAUCCGCCCUCUACCGUCUACGCACCUCCAUCAAGUCCCUUUCCCGCCGCCACCUGCUCCCCGAGACCUUCCUCCCCUCCAUCUUCGGCCACACCACCCGCCUCCAAGUCCUCACCCUGACCAUCAUCAUCGCCUACCUCACAGUCUUCACUUUCGUCGGCAUCACCUACAAAACAUGGAUGAGCCCCGUCAAGGACAUGCCCGGCGUCUACAACACCCGCACCGGCCUGGGCCCCUGGUCCGACCGCAUCGGCGUCAUGGCCUUCGCCCUCACCCCCCUCGCCAUCUUCCUCUCCUCCCGCGAGUCGUUACUCUCCCUAAUCACCGGCAUCCCCUACCACCACUUCAUCUUCCUGCACCGCUGGCUCGGCUACAUCAUCUACAUCCAGUCCACCCUCCACACAGUCGGCUGGACCAUCAUCGAGGGAAAACUCUACCAGCCACAACCCUCCGCCUGGAACGAAUGGGUCAAGCAGACCUACAUCAUCUGGGGCAUCGUCGCGAUGAUCCUGCUUUCGGUAAUGGUGGCGCUCAGCACGCCCUACGGCAUCCGCCUCACAGGCUACGAGGCCUUCCGCAAACUACACUACAUCCUGGCGAUGGUGUACAUCGGCGCGUGCUGGGGGCACUGGGCGCAGCUGUACUGCUGGAUGAUCGCGAGUCUGAUAGUGUGGUUUCUGGACCGGGGAAUCCGGCUAAUGCGCACGUUGACCAUGCACCAUUUCAACACGCCCAAUACAAGCCACAGCUUCGGCAUGCAUACCCCGCACGCAAAGAUGCACCUGUUCCACCGCGCCCACGACGGCGACAUCGUCCGCCUCGACCUCCAGCAUAACCACGACGAGUGGGAAAUCGGCCAGCACUUCUUCCUCACCUUCCCGGCCCUGAGCAUCUGGCAAAGCCACCCCAUGACGCCGGCAAGUGUGCCAGGCGGGAACCCGCGCGGCCAGAACCACACGUAUAUCAUUCGUGCGCGCAAGGGCAUGACGAGGCAGCUUGCCGACCUCGCGCAGACGAUCGACUCAACCCCGCUUGUCCUCAACGGACCAUACGGCCAGUCUAUCGUCAACACCGACUUCUACCGCACCGACGACACCAACGUCUUCUGCGUCGCCGGCGGCACGGGCGUCACCUUCGUGCUUCCCGUGCUCCUGACUCUGACAACGCGGCCCCGACGAGGCCUCGUCGAGUUCGUCUGGGUCGUCCGGCGCCAGGACGACAUGGCCUGGAUCGAAGGUGAGCUGGACAGUCUCAAGAAGGCUGCGGCGCGGGUAUCGAAUUUCCGUAUCCGCAUCUACGUGACUCGGGGUGUGCAUGAUGCAGGUGCCUCUUCAGCUCCACCGCCAGUAUCAUCCGAGGAUCCGCUCUCGAAAGAAGCCGAGGCGAUGGUUGCCUCGCAGACGCCAUCCUCCCUCUCUACGCCCUCCCUAUCGACAUCGCCGCCGCCGGAACUCGACGAGAGCUCGACGUUCACCAUCCACGCCCCCUCUUCGUCUGCGUCCCUGUCGCGCGGGAACACGCAGCAUCCUGAUCUCGGCGCGCAGGUGGCGGAGUUUGUAGCGCGCACUGUGGCGGGUCCCACGCGCGUUAUUGCGAGUGGGCCGCUGGGUAUGAUUCGGGAUUUACGCAGUGCUGUGGCAAGGUGUAAUGAUCCGGCGAGGGUGUGGAGGGGCGAGGAGCGGUUUGAUGUGGCGCUUGUGCAUGAUGAUCGGUUGGAGUUUUGA